AUGCUGCUUGGUGCGGAGGGUAGUGCAGCUAUUCCAAAUAGCAAUAAGUCCUUCAAAUCCCCAGCUUCCACUCUCUCUCGACGUUAUUCUUCAAGCCGGGUUAAUCAUCCCGGUACAGCCAGCAGCCAGCCAACGUCAUCUAGCCAAAGUACCACGACAUCCAGCCAUCUGUCUUCUGUUUCUCCUCAACCCACUCCGUUAUCUGUUUCCAUCCAUUGCCACUCUAUCCCUUCCAACGUUUCCUCUGCUACCUCUACUAAUACCUCAUCCUUCUCCUUGGCUGAAUCUGUCUCCCAUGCGAUUCAACGGCUACCAAAACUUCGCCAGUCUCCAGGCCCGAAACUAAUUCCAGUUACUUCUAAUUCUGUUUCUACUACUGCUAGUGAUAUGCAUAGCCGCUUACCAUUGAAUCAACGUGCCUCAAUUACGACAGACCAGACCAUUUCCGUAUCCAUUCUUCCCGUAGGACAGCAGGAGCUUGCUGAUAGCCAGAGUGCUUCUGACCAGACGCACUCGUCAUCAUCUCCCAAUAUGUCUGUCUUGCCUACGAAUUGCGAAGCAGUACUUCCUCGUUACCCACAAGUCCCUAGUAGAUUGCUUGAAGGUGCCGACUCCAACUCGGUCCAUCAACAGCACCAAUGCCAUUCGCUUCUCAGUCCCCGUUGCCACCCACAGAGUUCACCACAUUCGGGUUCGGUUCAUAACACAAACUCAGCCUCGACGUCCCAGACGGGGCAACCGAUUCUGAGGGACGCCCGGAUAGAACCUUGCCAAACAACCUUUACGCAUCCCAGUGUGAAUCAGCGCACUACCAGCUCCCAU